AUGUCCCCUUCAGCGCUUCCGGCUGCAGAGCUUUCCAACCUCCCCAAGUCCGACGGUUCGGCGACUUUUUCAUAUCAAGGAUACACGGUUACUACCGCCGUCAAUGGGCCGGUGGAAGCACAGCGAAGAGACGAGCAUGCAUUCGAGGCGCUGGUCGAUGUGAACGUACGACCUGCCGCUGGAGUAGGAGGAACCGCGGAGCGACAGCUUGAAUCGAUACUUCAGUCUGCGCUACGACAGCUCAUACCCGUCAGGAAUUUUCCACGAUGCAUGAUCCAAGUGACCCUGCAAAUAGUCGGCACGCCCGAGAAUGCAUAUGAAAACUCCAAGAUCACACAACCACAGAUGAACUUGACGAUCAUCCCAGCUCUUCUGCACACGUCCAUCCUAGGCCUCUUGACAGCAGCUAUACCGUUGAAGACCAUCGCCACAGCCACCGUGCUCGCGAUACCGUCCGAGUCGGACCAGAUUGUCGUUGACCCAAGUGCGGUGCAGGCUGCCAAGGCCAAGUCACUGCACGUAGUGGGCUUCACGAGUGGCGAAGACCUGCUGCUGUCAGAGAGCGAGGGCGCCUUCACGCCAGAGGAAUGGGCCAAGAUUCUCGAGACUGGCGAGCGUAUAUGCUGCCAGUCCGCAGGCGAGGACGUUGCCAUGGAGGGUGGGGAGACGGAGGGGACCAGCAUACGGGACUUUAUCAGAUCGGUGAUGGAAACGAAAAUUGCAAAGGACCUGCAAUGGAAGUGA